ACCAAACCAACCCGACCCGAUCAAGAAAAUGGAGGGAAGCGACGAAGAGAGUCAGGCGCCCGCCGCUCCAGCCCCCCUGCCGCUGCCGCCUCCAGGGCCCCUGCCGCCGCCGGCGACGGACGAGGGCCACCUUGAGCUCCUCGGGGUGCUCCGCCUUCGGGUGAGGGGUCUCGCCCCAUGGAUGCUGCCCCCGUACUUCCUCUUCAACGUGGACAUCUACAACUACCAUCCGCGAGAGCUUCUUGCGGCAUACCCGUCUGCGACCGCCGCGGAUCGGAGCUCGGCGCUGUACUUCGUCAAUCUCGUCCGCCGCAAGACUGCAACGGACUCGAGAAAGAAGAGAGGCGUCCCCGGGGGCACCUGGAAAUCCGAGCGGUCCCCGCUGCCGCUCGUCUCGGAGGCCAUCCAGGGAGCCCGGCAGAUGUUCUCGUUCACGGUGUUGGACGCGAAGGGCGAGGAAAUCCGGCAAGGCUACAUAAUGCAGGAGCUCACCCUUGCCGGGGACGAAGGCAAGCUCGACGGCGGCGCCGACAUGGCCGUAUCCAAGAUAUACCCGAGCCCCCGCGGCGACAAGGCCAAGGGGAAGGCCAAAGCCGUCCCCGCGUCGUCAAGAAAGAAGCGGAAGGCCCUCGAGGCGUCCGCCGCCGCCUCCUUCUCCUCCGCACCGGCUCUCCGGCUCGGGAUCUCCAGUCCGGCCCCUCCUCUCCGCCUGGGGGCCUCGACCUCCUCGGCGCCUCCUCUCGCCGAGGGCGCCGCUUCGACCUCCUCCGCGCCUCAUCUCGGCCAGGGCGCCGCGUCGACCUCCUCCGCGUCUCAUCUCGGGCAGGGCGCCGCGUCGACCUCCUCCGCGUCUCAUCUUGGGCAGGGCGCCGCGUCUCAUCUCGGGCAGGCCGCUGCUCCGAGCCACGCCAGGCGGUUACUCAUUCUGGAGCUAGAUGGUUUUUCGCCGGUGGGGGAAGAUUUCUUGCCUCAGAACAUUUUGAGGGCUUCGGAGGUGAUUGGUAGAAGAAGGGUGCCUGUUGACUGCGACGACGUUGUUCUGCUGCAGAAGAAGAAGAAGCUACCAGCAGGUUGCUGUUAAGAUUUUGGAUCCUGACGUGCUGAGUUCAAGAAGAAUGCAGUAAAGCAGCUCAAGUUGACCACUCCCAUUCUGGUGCUGGAGAGGGAAAAUUUUGUUUGUAGAUAGAUAGAGUAGGUGGGAAUCCCUGUGUCCCUGGAUUGGCUUGUCAUAUGUGGUCAGGAUACUUCCUCUUUUGAUUUGUUCAAAUGUUAUGCGGGAUAUACAAUUGACUGAUUUGAGUAACGUCGAAGGGAAUCUCUGAAUGUGUA